AGACGAUCUGAAACCUACUAGAAAGAUACACAUCUUUACAUGGAAAAAACGUGAACCCGUAAAAAAAAAACACAAAGAAAAAACAAUUUGACAGAACUACAUAUUUUGAAGUUUCCUUGUGAGGUUUUUUUUCUGACAAGUUAUGCUUCAGUGUAAUAUGAUCUUUAACCGUAUUUCGUAGAAAACGCAGCCAUUAUAAGAAAAGAGGCUGUUUCGCGGUAAUUAAAACCUAGAGUGCAUUCUCGUGAGUGCCACAUCACAAUGUAUAUUGGAUACAAACGGAACAAAAUGAGUUCACUUGUCUUACUUCUGUUACUUUUUUCAAUUGUUUCAGUAGUUUGGUGUUAUCCAUCACGCUGUGAAGGUCGCUGUAAUGCUCAAGUGGAAAUAAAACCAACUUGCACAGACAUUGUCUUGGGUUAUUGUGAUGGUGUGCCCUACACAAAAACCAUGUACCCCAACUUGCUGGACAAUAAAAACCGAGAGGCGGUAGAAACAAGUGCCGAGUAUGUUCUCCUGAGUGUCUUACAUACCUUACUCAAAGGGGAAUGUACUCCCGAUCUCAGGAUGCUGGGAUGCUCCAUCCUUGCUCCUCGGUGCGAAAUGAACAAGAUUCUGAAGCCUUGCAGGAGUUCCUGUGAAAUGCUGAUGAAAAACUGCAUGCAUGCCUUUGAGGCCAUUGAGAUGGCCUGGCCGUACUUUCUGGACUGUGAUCGUUUCUUUGUUGGUGAAGAGGAAGGAUGUUACGACCCGUUGGAAAGGCUCAGAGGCGUACAUGAGUUUGUGGUUGAUAACUCUAUCCCUGAGCAACCUUCGACUAUUAUUCAGUUUACAUACCAUUCACACUCACAGAUGAUCAACAUUUUGAAAAAGACAGCUGCGAAAUGCUCAGAUAUUUCAAGAGCAUACAGCAUCGGCCACAGCUUUGAAGGAAAAGAUCUUCUUGUGAUUGAAUUUUCUAAUAACCCUGGGCAACACGACUUACUUGAGCCAGAAGUUAAAUACAUUGGCAAUAUGCAUGGAAACGAAGUGCUCGGAAGGGAGCUGCUGAUAUACCUCGCACAGUAUUUGUGUUCUGAGUAUCUGCUGGGAAAUGGAAGGAUCCAGACUUUGAUCAACACCACCAGAAUCCACCUGUUGUCCUCAAUGAACCCUGAUGGAUAUGAUCUGGCUGCUUCAGAGGGCCCGAGAUACAAUGGAUGGACAAGUGGAAGAGCAAAUGGCCAAAACAUUGACCUGAAUAGAAAUUUUCCUGACCUUACCUCCAUUGUUUACUGGAGACAAAGGAAUAAAGGAUUCCGUACGGACCACAUUCCAAUUCCAGACUCCUACUGGUUUGGUAAGGUGGCUCCUGAGACGUAUGCUGUUAUGAAGUGGAUACGGUCAAUACCCUUCGUGUUGUCUGCCAGUUUACAUGGAGGAGAUUUGGUUGUUUCCUAUCCUUAUGAUUUUUCGAGGCAUCCAGAAGAAGAAAAGAUGUUUUCUCCGACUCCUGAUGAACAGGUGUUCAAGCUGUUAGCAAAGGCGUAUGCUGACCAACACCCUGUUAUGUCUGAUCAGUCACAUGACAGAUGUGGUGGGGCCUUCGCCAGUAAAAAAGGCAUUGUGAAUGGAGCUCUUUGGUACAGCUUUCCAGGGGGAAUGGCAGAUUUUAACUACCUGCAUACUAACUGUUUUGAGAUAACGGUGGAACUGGGCUGUGAUAAAUUCCCUGGUGAAAGUGAACUUUAUACAGCCUGGCAGGAAAACAAGGAGGCGCUUUUGACCUAUAUGGAGACGGUGCAUAGAGGAAUAAAGGGAAUAGUAACGGAUGAAUCUGGUAAAGCUAUCAAAGGAGCACGCAUCUCAGUAAGAGGAAUACGACAUGAUGUGACCACAGCUGAGGAUGGAGACUACUGGAGGAUAUUACCCUCUGGAGUACAUAUAAUCACAGCUUCUGCUCGAGGCUACUCGAAGGUCAUGAAGAAGAUUCGUCUACCAUCACGACUGAUGAAAGCUGGGCGUGUGGAUUUUGCACUGAAGAGAGUGGUGGAACCGAAUCGAUUUGUUAGUAUUCCUCAGGACAACUAUGAUCGAUUCGAUCCUUACAAUCAGUUUGAUGAGUAUAGACGCAGUGGACGCCGACAGCCUGAAGCGGAGACGCAGGAGAAGCCGUGGUGGUGGUCAUACUUCGCCUUACUAGGCAACAAUCAACCAACCUGGCUUCUAAGGAGGAAUUAAAUUUUAAGAGCAUUUAUAUCACAUGUUGUUUCUUCCAGAUGCACACUGUUUGCUGCAGCAGAGGGUGCCCGAAGGAUAAGGUCUAUACAUGCAAGGGUGCAAGAAUCAAAAUAACAUUGUUUUUGUUAAAUGUAAACGUCAUCUGUACAAUGCAUUCUGUUCCGUCUUCAUUUUACCUAUUUUAAGACUGUUUUAUAUAUAAAAAAUGAAAGGCAGUUUAAUCCUAUCAGAUUCUAAAGUGGGGCUCCAACCUUCACCCCCAAAAAUCUUUUCAUAAUCACACAGUAGCCCCUUGCUAAACCAGACAUGUUUGUCUCACUUACGGAGAUGUCAGGUUUAAAAACCAUACAAUAAAAUCAUACACACAUACAUUUAUAGUGCUCAAUGCAUUUUAAAUGUAAAUCAUUGAUCUGAAAUAGCACUAAUAUGUUUUGGGUAGGCUACACAUUACAUUAUGAAAAAAAUAUAAAGCUGUACAGUACGCCUAUACAGUAUACAGUACAGUAGUAAAAUCAAAUGAAUACCUAGCAUACUUUCUUUUUACUUUAGCAUACCGUUAACACAAAAUAAAUCAUGCAUUACAUGCAGUCUAUUGCUCCCAACAUGUUGGGGAAACCAGAAAUGUCAUAGAAAUUUGUUUUCAAUUCUACUUGUUCUUGGUGAAAGAACCUUCUUUCUUCCAGACCAAGGCAGUGUUGUGAGGCAGUACUAUGAGUCGUGUACUUCUUGAUAAUAGAAACAAUAGUUGCAAUUGGGAUACUCAAAUGCUUGGAAAUCUUCUUGUAUCCUUCUCCAGCUUUAUGCAAUAAAUCAUUUUC